AUGGCUCCUGGAAAGGUUCCCGUGAAGAGAGAUCCCAGAGCGUGGGAUGCUCUGACCCCCCCAUUGGCGGAAUGGAUCCUCGAAGCCGUAUCCAGCAUGGGGUUUAAGCAGAUGACACCGGUGCAGGCUGCGACUAUGCCGCAGUUCCUGGGGAAUAAGGAUGUAGUUGUUGAGGCCGUUACUGGUAGCGGAAAGACACUCGCGUUCUUGAUUCCCAUAGUUCAGAGGCUAUUGCGCUUGGAGGAGCCCACCAAGAAACAUCACAUUGGCGCAAUCGUCAUUUCACCCACACGAGAACUCGCCGCUCAGAUCCAUACGGUUCUUAUGUCCCUCCUCGAAUUCCAUGCGCCGUCCGCAGAGAUACUGCCACACCUGAAAGGCGAAGAAAAGCGACCCAGCAGCGCCGUGCCCGCUAUCGUCCCUCAGUUGCUGGUUGGAGGAACUACCACACCAGCACAAGAUCUGAGCUACUUUGUCCGACACAACCCGAAUCUUUUAAUAUCCUCACCAGGUCGUCUUGUGGAGCUGCUGGCGUCGCCACACGUACAUAUUGAUCAGUCUUUUGAAGCACUCGUGCUCGACGAGGCCGAUCGGCUGCUCGAUCUUGGCUUCAAGCAAGACCUCCAAACCAUCCUCUCGCAUCUUCCCAAGCAGCGACGAACGGGCUUGUUCAGUGCUAGUGUCAGCGAGGCUGUUGGCGAGAUCAUCAGGGUCGGAUUGCGCAAUCCGGUCAAAAUUGAGGUCAAGGUCAAGAUGAAGGACGGCGGAGUUGUCGAGGAUAGGAGGAUUCCUGCAAGUCUUCAGAUGUCCUACCUCGUUACUCCAGCUAGCCACAAGUUACCAGCCCUGGCGCAGCUCUUGGAGCGCCUUCCUGUACGGCCUCAGAAGAGCAUUGUCUUUCUGUCUACCUGUGCCGCUGUGGACUACUUUCAACACACUCUUCCGCAAAUAUUACCUCAAGGGUUUUCGUUGUUGCCCUUGCACGGCAAGCACCCGGCUAAAGUGCGCGAGAAGAAUUUUAACCGUUUCCUAACCUCUGUCUCUCCUACGGUUCUGUUAACGACAGACUUGGCGGCCCGUGGUUUGGAUAUUCCGCAAGUCGACUUGGUUGUACAGAUCGACGCCCCGUCAGACCCCAAGGUAUUCAUACAUAGAAGUGGACGAGCUGGUCGCGCCGGCAGAAAGGGUCUGGCCGUAGUGAUGCUUCAUCCUGGCCACGAGGAAGACUACGCAAAGUUUCUGGAGAUUCGUCAAACCCCCAUCACGCCCCUAUUGAAGCCUUCAAUCUCCGUGACAGAAGAUGAUGCCCGCAGUGCGACAUCAAAAUUCCGAGCAUUACUCCAGUCGGAUCGUGCGAUUCACGACAAAGCCCAAAAGGCUUUCGUCAGCUGGGUUCGCAGUUACGGCGCACAUCAGGCGACUUCCAUAUUCAGAGUUGGCGACUUGGACUGGACGGAUCUUGGGCACGCAUGGGGACUUCUCCGCCUACCUAGGAUGCCUGAAUUGAGAACAUGGACUGGAGAUAAGAUGUUGGGAGUUGAGAUGGAUUGGGAUACCUUUGCGUAUAAAGAUGCGGCACGGGAGAAGGCGAGACAAGAAGCUAUGGAAGCUGAUAAAUCAGGAGAGACUGAAAAGAAGGCAGCCGAGGCUAAACGGAAGAGGAAGAAUAAUGAGGCCUGGAGCGGAAAGCAAGAGCAGGAAGAACUCCGGACUGAGAGAAGAGAGAAGCGACAUAAGAAGAGGGAGGCCGAGAUGACGGCCAAGAUGACUGACGAGGAGAAGAUUAAGCAGGCUGAGUUGAAGGAGCUGAUCCGGCAGGUCAGAGAACAGAACUUGGCAAAGGCAGCAGCUCAAGAAGAGGAGUUUGAAGGCUUUGACUAG